CUAUUUUUGUUACCUACAGACCAAAAUAGGCAAAUAAAACAUAUCCAGUAACUACUUCUGUACUUGGAGCGAUUUUUUGUGUGCAUACGUGUAUUACUAUACCUACUUUUGUAUAAACUAUGAGUGUUCCACCACGAUGGCUGCAUUGUCCCAGGAAAGGCAACUUGGUGGCUGGGAAAUUUUUACCUUUCAAAACACCAUUAUCAUCAAGAUAUGAUAGGGAUGUUCCCGAAGAAUGCAGGUUUCAUCCCACGAUGCUGCUUGCCUACUUGACAAGUUUGAAAGUUCAAAUGUCAACUGUGAUCGAUCUUACAAAUACGACAAGGUUUUACAAUAAAGAAGAAAUCACAAAAAUGAAUAUUGUGCAUCAGAAAGUAGCCUGUAGAGGCCAUGGAGAAUGUCCGGAUGAAGAAACAACAAAAUUGUUUGUAAAUUUAUGUGACAGUUUAAUAAGAAAACAUCCAUUGUCAGUCAUUGGUGUUCACUGUACACACGGAUAUAACAGAACUGGUUUUCUUAUCUCUGCUUAUUUGAUUGAAAAAAUGGAUUGGAGUGUUGAAGCAGCUUUCUCUACAUUUGCUCAAGCACGACCUCCAGGAAUAAUCAAAGGUCAUUACAUUGAGGAAUUAUUCAGGCGGUAUGGUGAUGCCGCAGAUGCCCCUGGCCCACCCCCACUUCCACCGUGGCAUACUGAGUGUGAUGAUGGUGAAGCAAAUGUUGAUGACGAUGGGCAAGAGGUUAAUGGUUCAGUCUCAAGUGCGACAACUAGUGUCAGAGUGAAAUUAAAGCCAUUUAUAGAAGGUGUAACGGUGCCUCAAGUCAAACAAAUCGCAGUUCAACCUACUUUAAAACAAGUACAGAAACGAGUUCAACAAAUAUGUAAAUGGAAAAGGAGAGGAUUUCCUGGUGCCCAACCAGUGUCAAUGACUUUAGAAAAUAUCAAAUUUUUGACUCAAAAAUCUUAUCAAGUCAGUUGGAAAGCUGAUGGAGUUCGAUACAUGAUGCUGAUUAAUGGAAAGAAUCAAGUUUAUAUGGUGGACAGAGAUAAUGCGGUUUUUCAGAUUUCGGAUAUGGAAUUUGUUCAUCGUAAAAAUCUCGAACAUCAUCUCACUGAUACUUUAUUAGAUGGUGAAAUGAUUCUAGAUGUUGUGGAAGGAAUCUCUGUACCAAGAUAUCUUAUUUAUGACAUUGUUAUGUUUGCUGGACAGCCGGUUGGUGAUUGUGAUUUUAUUACAAGAUUAUCAUGUAUUAAAAAAGAAAUCAUUGGGCCUCGACAUGAAAAAAUAAGGAGAGGAAUGCUGGAUAAAUCAAAAGAAGCUUUCAGUGUUCGGAUAAAAGAUUUCUGGGAUAUAACACAAUCAAGAGAACUAUUAGAUGGACAGUUUUCGAAACAAAUAAGUCAUGAAGUUGAUGGAUUAAUUUUUCAACCUGCGUCAGCUCAUCCAAUAGAUGGAUACACGUGUGGUAGAAAUGAUGAUAUAUUGAAAUGGAAGCCAUCGUCACAAAAUAGUGUCGAUUUUCGAUUAAAAAUUCAGCAGGUAUCAGGAGUGGGAAUGUUGAAAGAAACAUUAGGAUUGUUAUAUGUUGGAGGACAUGAACCACCAUUUUCUAGUAUGAAGGUUACAAAAACUUUACGUCUAUAUGAUAACAAAAUAAUCGAAUGCACUUUUGAAAAUAAUACAUGGAAGUUUAUGAGGGAAAGAACAGAUAAAAGUUUUCCAAAUUCUUAUGACACAGCCAUAGCUGUCUGUGGAAGUAUAAAACACCCUGUGACAAAACAAAUAUUAUUUGAUGUAAUUGAUCACAGAAGAUAUGGCCUACCAAAACAUGGUACUGGUCAUCCACCUUCACAAAUAUCUGGACAGAAAAGACCAUCAAACAAUAGCUCUCAACAACCUCCUAGCAAACAAAUGAGAAGUGAAGAAAGACAACACAAUGACUUAAUGCCACCUCCUGUUAUGACACCACCAAAGAAAAGAUGACACUUAGCAGUCUACUAAUGAAUACAUUUAAUGGUUUUUACUGAACUGUGCUUCUUUAUAACAAGGUGUUACCAAACCAAGACUUGCGGAAGUGAAGUUAGGCCAAUGUUAUUUUCGGGACAUGUCACUUGGCGAGGUAAUAGAGCCAUUUCUGGUUACAGGUACCAGCGCAGAUCGAAUGUGAAAUAGUAUACGAUUGAGUGUAUCUCCGAUGCAUGCAUGACUUUACAGGUUCGAAUGAUUGUGAUCAAGAGGAUUGCUGGACUUCUCACCGCCCCAGGGUGGUUCACGAACCGCUGGUCGGUUCAGGAUUUCUCACGUCAAGUCCAUGAAUCCGAAACAAAUAUCUGGCUAAUUAAUCCUAUACUCGAUAUGGACUGUGGUCGCCUUAUGAUUAAGCCGUCUUAUCGUUUUUUUCUCCUCGGGACGAAAAUGAUAUCUCAUUUUGUGUAAUUUUCGGUCGGUCAAUAGUGCGGUGCUAAGCACGUUAAACGUAGUAAAUUUUUUCAAGAAAUACCGCUGGAGUUCCAAUGAUUUGGUUCAAUUCCUGAACUUUUUUCUUCAAAUCGCUUGGCAAGUUAUUUUUUUUAUGUAAUUUUGUUGUAUUAUUUUCAUGUUUUUUUUAGAAAAUAACCAAAAUAUUUGCAGAACACUGGUCUGUUAAAGUUUUUUCGUAGAAUGUUUAAAAAA